AUGGAAUCUCCUCGCCACGAAAACUAUUCUGCCUUAGACGAUUCGACUGGACGCCUCUUUGAGGAUUCGUUUCUUGAUGAAAACGAACUCGAGCAAAAGUGGACUCCUGAUGUCUCCAAGCACGGGCAUACUCGAAAAAGGGCACGUGCUGGCAGUUCCAGUACCGUCCUCGCUACCUCCGAUGAUGAUUGCACAGUGCCAAACUUGCCAGACAUGCCAGACACGCCAGUUGCGUACACGAGACAGACAGAUUUCUGGAUAGAAAGGGACGUGGUUAUGAAGGCAACCGCGCGAGCUGGCGCUGUAACUGCUCUCGCGCAGGAGGUCGUGCGGGAGGUUGCGAAGAAUUAUUGGCCCGUUAUCAUUCAGAUGGAAUUUGACGGCAGUGACGAGACGGUGUUUACUCUGCGUAUUUCGACUCAGGAUGGGUAUGUUAUCCAGGGGAUAACGGACAUACUGGAGAGAUUCUGCUCACGUACUGAGAAAGUCUGCUAG